CUAGUUUUAGGUUGAAUCUACACUCAAGAGACAAAGAAAACACUCAAAGAUUAAAACCAAUAAUCCUAUUAUGUGCUAAUGGAUCCGUUUCCUUGGUUUGCUCUUGUAGUGUAAUUUGUCCACAUCCACUCCGGAAAUCACAAUAUGAUCACAGAUCUGGGUGUCUAAUUCUGUCCGGUCAAGUGGAUCGUCCCAUGGCUUGACUGGGUCCGCCUCAUGCACCUCGAAUCAUCACCUCGAGAAUGGACAGCAGAUCAUGAUCGUAACAAUCUUACUUCAGACUGUAUCGAUGACCGUAAAUUACCUCUGGCAGAUGCAAUGCACCCGACUCGGGGUUUUCUUCCCCCUCCUCUCUCUCAUCUCCCUCGACUGCUGGUAUACCGCAGGAUGUGGCCGCUGUAAUGUAGGCGACUGGGCGAGUGGUCAAUCGGGAGAUGAGAACCAGAUUAGAGUCAGCCAAACAGAGUUCAUUGCCAGAAAGUGACAAUCAAGCGAAAGAACCAAAACAAAACAAGACUGAGCUAGACGAUACUAGAAGAGAAGAGCGAAGAAGAAGAAUAACAAAAGAAAAGAAAAUGGAGGAAUGCAUGAGGCGCAG